CGACCAAGACAAACUAUGGCGUCGCUCAAGCACUGCAAUGUCGCCACAGCUCUACUCCUGGCGAUCGUCUUAGCCCUGGCGGUGGUUGGGACCCAGGUGACGGUGGUUGAGGCGCAGGCAUGUCCAGUCCAGCUCAACAACCUCAACGUUUGCGCGUCGUUCGCAUGCCCGACGCCGCCGCUCCCAGCUUCGAGUGCUGCUCGGCGCUCCAGUUCGUCCAGCACGACUCCCUCUGCAUCACUGUCCAAAUCACUGCUCGUCUUCCUUCCCUCUGCAACCUCCCUCCCGUUGGCUGCUCCACUGUCUAAUUAAGUGGUACUAGCUACAUCGUCAAACCAAUGUUCCACCUACUUAAUUGGAGGACCACUCCAUGGUUCAAUGAUUUUUCCUACUGAAACGUGGUUUUGGCUUGAAUACUGAUUCGUUAGCUUUGGUUUGCAUAUGUGUGAGGGAGAAGAUGGCACGAACUCGGUCGGUGCAUGUCCACAGAAUAAUGCCCCCCAUGAUUA